AGCUGAAGCGGAGGACGCGCCGCCGCCUCCGCCGCCAGUCCGCCGCUGUGUUCGUACCGCGCGGCAGCAUGGACGAGACCGAGUGUCCGCCGGUGAUCGUGGAGGGGGACUGGAGUCCGGUUCACACCAAAACCCUGAAGAACAAACUGCAGCUCUACUUUCAGAGCAAGAAGAAGUCCAGCGGGGGAGACUGCCGGGUGGAGGCGGAGGACGGAGCCCCGAGAGCCGCCGUUUACUUCCGCUCAGAGGAGGUUAGAGAGCGAGUCCUCGCCAGAGAAAACCACCAACUCAUCCUGGAGAGUCAGACUGUCAAGCUGCGUCUCAUUUCUGCCUCAAGUCCGGUGAACAGUGAUGACGCCUCAGAUUCAAAGCAGUCAGAAGCUGAACCUGCAGAUGGAGCUUCUGCAGACAACAAAGAGGAGUCAGAAUCCAGUCAGAGCGUCGCUGUGGUCCUGGACAACGUGAUGGACGACAUGCCCAGAGAGCUGCUGUCCAUGCUGGUGGAGAACAUCUCGGGUUUGGACGAGAGCCGCUACAGUCUGGAGAUCAUAUGGGAGACCAACAGAGCUGUGAUCACCUUCAGCAGCCCUGCAGAUGUGGAGAAGUUCCUCACUGUGGGACAGUCCAGCCAGAAGCUGCAGAGACACAGACUGACGGCUCGACCACUGGAGGCGGCAAGGAGCGUCCGGGUGGAGAAUCUUCCUCCGACCGUGAUUAAAGACAUGUUGGAGCUGUAUUUUGAGAAGAACUGGGCUCUGCCGGACGGCAUCACCAUCAUCCCAGAUGAACAGGCUGCUACUGUCACAUUCAGUGACCCCAGAGUUGUGGAAAACAUUUGCAUAAAACAAGACUAUGUGAUGCAGUCCAUUCCUGUCAUGGUGUAUCCGUACUAUGAGUCCAUAGGCACUGCCUUGUAUGGCAAAGAACGGCCAUCAUGGAAGAUGCCCAAGCCCGUCACGGAGAGAGUUCACCCCAUCGUCUGGAAAUUCCUCCUGAUCAAGAAACAGUUAAAAAACAUCAACGAUCAGAUGCGUCCUUACUUCUGCAGUGUUGACUUGGAUAACCCUGAGGUGAAACUCAGCCCUCACCCGAGUUUUUUGAGGCAGAAAGGCCUGACUGCAAUAAAAGUAGAUCAGUGGAGGAGUACCGCUCAAGAGGCCUUCCGUAAACAAAUGUCCCAGUACAUGGCUUUUGAAUGUACAGUGAAUGCACCUGCAUGGAAAGCUGCAGAGAAAGACGUCCGUUUGGUUGUCAGGGAAGAUGCCAUCCUGGUGGUGGAUGCAUCCAGGGAGAUUUUGACUGUGGCUGGCCGAGCUGACAAUAUAAAACAAAUCAAGGCUCCCGUGGAGAAUAUCAUCCUUAAAGCCAUGAGUCAAAUUAAACGGCAAACAGAUGCUGUCUCUGAGGAAAUGAUUUUGUCCCAUGCAAUGUUCUACAUCCUGAAGCAGGAAGGGUUACAGAAAGCUGCACAAGACAUUUCCCCUGACAUGAACCUGUCCUACAAUGAAAGCACCCAGAAGCUAACUAUUACAGGACUCCCUGCAGAGGUUUUCCAGAGUAAGGCAUGGAUCUUGGAGAGGAAUGUGGGUAUGAGUAAAAAAUGGAUGGAUGUCCCUCCAGGUCUCAUAGAAUUUCUCAAGACAGUAGAUCCCAUGGACAUGUCACGGGACUUGUUCACAUCUCAAGGCAUCAGUGCCAUUUACAGCAUUGAGAGCAAAGGGGUUUUGCUGUUGGGGAGUUCUGACAGUGUCCUUGCUGAGGCAGAGAGUAAGAUGAGGACUGUUUUGUCUCUGCAGACUCUGGAUGUCGAAGACAAGGAAGUUCUGAAACAUCAGAACUGGAUGGGCCUAAACCAAAAGUUGUUGGACGCCUACAACUCCUCGAAGAAGAAAACAGUUUCCAUUCAGAUCCAUCCCGAGAGAAGAGACAAAAUAAUCGUUGCCGGCUUCCCGAUCCCAGUGAAAGAGGUCAGCCGCAGUCUUAACGAAUUUAUUGUGAACUUCUCACGAGUCCAAGAAACCAUUCGUGUCGAGUCCUGCGCUGUUGUUCAGUUUAUUGACAAGAAGAAAACACAAGAUUGGUCCAGUAUUGCCAAAGCUAAUGAUGUGACAGUCCAUUUUGAUGAAGAGAGGCCAAAGAUCAUCAUCGCAGGGGCUCGUCUUCAUGUCCAAAAAGCCAAAUCCUGCUUUCAGGAACUGACAAGUGCUCUCUCCACUGACAACUUUGUCGUGGACAAGCCUGGAGCUAAGAAGUACUUCCUGUUUCAAGGAAGAAUGUUUCUAUCCACAAUAAUGUCAGAGUUGAGCUGUGUGGUGGUGCUUCGUCCAGAGAAUCAAGAGGAAGAGGAGGAAGACAACUAUGAGGGCGAAAAAGACUUUUGUUAUUGCAAAGUGCAGACCACCAGUGGAGUUCUGGUUUCAGUAAGCAAGGCAGAUAUCUGUCGCUUCAGUGUUGACGCAGUCGUCAAUGCAGCUAAUGAGGACUUACAGCACAUUGGCGGGCUGGCUCUGGCGCUGCUCAAGGCUGCAGGACCAGCGCUGCAGAAAAUCAGCAAUGACUACAUUGCCAGAAAUGGGAAACUACGGCCAGGUGACGCCAUCUUAACAGGUGCAUGUAACCUGCCUUGCAAGCACGUCGUACAUGCAGUUGGUCCACGGUUCUCUGAUUACGACAAGAAGACAUCAGUGUCACGUCUGAAGCUUGCUGUUCAAGAAAGUCUGAGACAAGCAGAGAAGGUCAACUGCUCCACCAUUGCGCUGCCCGCAAUCAGCUCAGGUGUGUUUGGUUUUCCUGUUGACCUCUGUGCUGACACCAUAGCUCAGGCAGUGCGGGAGUACUGCGACAGUCCAGGAAGUCUGAGAUCUUUGACUGAGAUUCACCUGGUGGAUAAUAACGAUAAGACAGUGAGAGUCCUGGCCACAGCAGUCAACAGAGAGUUCAUUGACCUCGGACCCAUCAUGACAGUACCAGAGCAGGCAGGAGGAAAAGGCACUGGAGCUUCAAGUGGACAUCAGCGAGGUCGAGGUCGAGGUCAGAGCCAGGUGCCCGGAGGCCAUCGGGUUGGUGAAAGAGGAAGACGAGGAGGAGGAGGAGGAGGAGGAGGAGGAAGAGGGGGAGCAGAGGGGACAGGAGAUGCAUCUCGGGGAGGUCGGCAAGGUAACAGAGGAGGUCAGAGUCCCAGGAGGCGCACCAGGCCUGGAGGGCACGGAGGGCCGGGGAAGAUGGAGCAGACCACAGCUGAGGGUCUGAAGAUUAUCCUGAUGAAGGGGAACAUUCAGGACCAGACUACUGCCGUCAUCGUCAACACCAUCUCAGAGAACAUGGACCUGGACCAGGGAGCUGUUUCCAAAGCGAUCCUGCAGGCGGCCGGGCCCGGCCUGCAGGCAGCUGUCCGGUCUGAAGCCGGCGUGGCCACGCUGCAGUACGGCGACGUCAUCACCACCGACGGCUUCAACCUCACGUGUCAAAAGGUCUUUCAUGCUGUUUGCCCUUUUUGGGACGAUGGAGCCGGUCGGGCCGAGGAGGGGUUAACGUCCAUCAUCACAUAUUGUCUGGAGGAGGCUGAGAAGCUUCAGAUGUCGUCACUGUCCUUCCCGGCCAUCGGUACAGGGAACCUGAGCUUCCCCAGAGCCGUGGUGUCCAGAGUCCUGCUGAAGGAGAUCCACUCGUACAGCCGCAGCAGAACUCCUCGCCAUCUGAGAGAGGUGGUCAUCGUCGUUCACCCGAGUGACGGCCAAACCGUGGAUUGUUUCACCAGGGAGUUCAAAGGUCAGGCUGGUCAGAGAAACACCUCACAUGAAGCCCAAGAGUUUAAUGAGUCACCAGCGGGACAGUCACUCAGCCAAUCACAACAGUCCUCAGCCUCCUUCGGUCAGGUGUCGUCCCCCUCCCUCGGUGUGUAUCAGAUGCAGAUGGGUCAGCUCACCCUCGAGGUCUCGUCUGGAGACAUCACCAGGGAGUCCUGUGAUGCCAUCAUCAACUCCUCCAAUCAGGACUUUACUCUUAAAUCAGGAGUGUCGAAGGCGAUCUUAGACGGCGCUGGAUUAGCGGUUCAGCUGGAGUGCUCACAGAUCGUGACUUCUCCGGGCUACCAGCCUCGUCCGAUGAUCGUGACGUCGGCCGGGUCGCUGCCCAGCAGAAACAUCAUCCACGUCGUCGGCCACAACGAUCCUGCUAAGAUCAAGGACAUGGUUCACGCGGUGCUGAAGGUCUGCGAGGAGAACAAGUUCAGCUCCGUGUCCUUCCCGGCGCUGGGAACAGGUCAGGGAGGGGCCCACCCGUCGGCAGUGGCGGACGCCAUGGUGGAGGCGGUGGUGGAGUUUGUGAGGAAGAGGCACCCGAGGUUCGUUUGCAGCGUGAAGAUCCUGAUCUUCCAGACGGCCAUGGUGACGGAGUUUCACAAGAGCAUGAAGAAGAGGGAGGGCCAGGAGGUGGAGGAGAAGAGCGUCUUCACCAAGAUCAAAGACACCUUCACUUCGUUAUUCUCGGGGUUUGCGGAGGAGCGACACAGCGCAGACGGCUUGGUCCUGGAGAGGGAAGAGUUUGAGCCCACGGUGUUUCAGCUGUGUGCCGACAACGACAAGACUGUGAGUCAGGCGAAGAAAAGGAUCGAGGACCUGAUUGUGGCUGAGCAGGCGGAGAGGACCAUCACUGACCCGUAUAUCAGUCAACUGUCGCAGGCCGACGUGGAACAGCUGAGGGCCCUGCAGAGGAAGCUGACGGUUAGCAUCCGUCUGGACAAAGGGCUGGAGGACCAGGAGCCCAACAUCCACCUGGAGGGUCUGACCAGAGACGUCUUCACCGCGGAGUCUGCGGUCAGGGACAUCAUCCGGAAGGUGGAGAGGACGGAGAACUUGAGGAGCAAGGCCUUGCUGGUGAGCGGAAUGGUAGAAUGGAAUUUUCAGCACAGUGACGGGAGGAUGGUGCCCUUUGACAUUUACACCAACCUUAACCUGGAGGAGGCUCUGGAGAGGAAACAAAGAGCGAAGAUCAAGAUCGACAACAGAGCGUACAAUGCUGAUGUCAUGCUUCGAACUGCAGUUCCAGUGAAUGGAAGUAAAAAGGUGGAGCUACUCAGAAAAGACCUGAGAGAUGACACUCUGCCGUCACAUUGGGAUGACAUGAAAGGCGACCUGCUCAAGCUGUUUCCUCUGACUGUGGGAUCCACCGAAUACAACGACGUGGUGACCAAACUUCAGACCGGUCUGACCUCAAACAUCAUCAGUAUCGAACGCGUCCAGAAUACGACGCUGUGGCAGAGCUACCAGCUGAUGAAGAAACAACUAGAGGUGAAGAACAAACACACCAACAACGAAAGGCAGCUGUUCCACGGCACCGGAGCAAAGUCCAUCGACCUGAUCAACAAACAAGGCUUCAACCGCAGCUACGCAGGAGCACACGCUGCGAUGUAUGGCAACGGCUCGUACUUUGCUGUGGACGCCGCCUACUCGGCAAGGGGCUACGCCACACCCGACGCCAGAGGACACAAGCGCAUGUACCUGGCCAGGGUCCUGGUCGGGGACUUCACGCAGGGAAGAAGUGGCAUGAUCACACCUCCGUCCAAGGGCUCUGGGAACGCUGCAGACCUGUACGACAGCGUUGUUGAUAAAGCCGCCAACCCAACCAUGUUCGUCGUCUUCAGUGACAUCCAGGCGUACCCAGAAUACCUUAUCACAUUCACAUGAAUCUGUGCAACAGUUCUAUUAAAAUGUGCCUCUUUUAUUUGUGUUAGUUUAAAUCCACACUCAGAUUGAAAUAGUGUCAUAUAUUAAAGGCUUCUUUAAGCGGCAGGUUCAGGUUUUUAGCUGUUUUUCUCAAACAUUCAGUCUCACACUAAGAUUUAAAGCGGCUGGAAAAUGUUCAAAUGAAAACACGAAAGUACGAACAAGUUGGCAUGUCACUUAUUUUUUGUUGGAGUGAAAUUCUGUUCAUUAAAGGUAAACUGCAACACC